UGAGAGGUGGAGGAGGAUCGGGAAGAAACGAAAAGAAGGGAAAGGGGUAGAAGGGGGGAAAGAAACUUUUCUUCUUCUUCCUCCUUCACUCACGGGAUCCCUUUGAAACUAUUUUCAUCAUAAUUUCCUCAUACGAUAACGAAAUCACAUGAGGUCGGAAGCUAUAGUUUCGUAGCGAGGCCGUCUUCAAUGUUACCAUACCCACCCUUUGAAAACCAUUGUAUAAAGAAAACGAGGUCCAAACAUAUUGACGUGUUCCGGCGACUUUUCUCUGAUUUCGGGCAAUCCCGCUGGAAUCUGGCUCGACCCAAGUGAAAAUAAUGAUUCUCCCCUCGUGGGGUCUCCUCUAGCGCAAUUGGGUUAAAUUGCCCUUGACCAAAAAAAUGAUGGUCCGUUGGUGCCAAAUUGGGCAGGCAAUUGGUGGGCUCCAAGAAGCUCGUUGAACUUCCUUUGUAGCCCGUUGGCAAUAAGUAACGACGGGCCUGACGUCAAGUAACAGAAGGCUGACCUUAACCCCAUGCACCAAAGUGAACCAAAAUGCUCCAAUUUGGGCGCCCCACAGCUGUUGGAUUUGCAACAGUUUGUUGAUCCGGACCAUUACAUUUCAAACGAUAAAAGAAAUUUAAAAGAUGAUGUUGUGCCACGUGGCAUUUUGUGGCGUAUUUGAUAUUAAAAUUUUGAAAAAUUCAACGGUCAGGAUUAAUCCCAUGGUAAAAAAUCCAAAAAAAAUUUACAACAAAAAAUAUCUAAAAAACUUACAAAGUUCACACUUAAACAAAAAUCUGAGCUGAUAUUACUAAUAGAUAAUGACACGUGGUGUGAUGAAAGUGGUUGAAAAUGGAAAAGUAUCCUCUCCGGCUCCCUUUCACUUAAUUCACCAAGUUCAAAGAUCCGGGUUGUUGAAAUUUGAUCCAACGACUACAACCAGGAUCCACUAUAAAAACUAUAAUAGAUUGGAUCAAAUUUCAAGUGCCGGAUCCGAACUUGUGAAUUUGGUGGAAGGGAUCCGGAGUCCUUUCCGUUGAAAAUCUCAUCGCCUCUCCUUUCAGCUCUUCAAGGAAAACCCACUUCUUGGGCCGUUUUCAACCACAUAAAGCUUCACUCUUUUGUUAGUUUCUAUGUUUAAAAUUGUUGGGGUUUGCAGUUUUGGAUUGAAAUUUGUGUUUUGGGAUUUGUUGGGUGCUCGCAUGUGGAAAUUUGGAAAAUUUUAGUUGUGGAUUGUGGGGAACUGACGCAGUGGCGGUCCCAUUUCAUGUUAGAAAAGGUGGGUUCUCUAGACGCGCAGAGAGUGGUUCAUCAACACCAAGGAUGGCGGCUGAUCUCAUGUAUGUGGUUACAUGCUGGAGUUUUCCAUGUGCUUGCCAAUAUGCUGAGUCUUGUAUUCAUUGGAAUUUGGCCUGAGCAAGAAUUUGGAUUUGCUCUUUUUAUUCAAUAUGGUAUUUCUGUUGGUGCUGCUGGUGCACUUUUUGGUUUACUAGGAAGCAUGCUUUCAGAGCUCACAUCAAAUUGGACAAUGUAUGUAAAUAAGGUAUACUCUUGGCUUGGUAACUCUUUUUCGAGGGGUCAAUCUAAACAACCACUGUUCCUAGUGUCAUUACUUGAGCUGUGUCCCUACAUCAAAAUGGAAUUUCGAGCCAGAUAGGGAAUCAGCUGAACUUAACGUGCGUAAGCAAUGGUAGAAAUGGAACAUAUUCAUUGUCGGAUCCCAGCCCCUCG